AUGGCGGCUCUGUCGUGUAGUGGCUGUUUCGACGCCUCUGGUCCGCUUAAAAUCCUUCCGUGUGCCCAUUCCUUCUGCUGGCGAUGUCUCGUCAAAUGUGCCGACCGAAAAUCGGACCUGUCCUGCCCUAUUUGCGGGGUGAUCGUGCGCCUACCGCCGGAGGGAGUUCGCGGCCUCAGCGCUCACUUUUUCGUGGACGACCUGCUCGAAAAAUUCGACCGCGACUUACAGAGGGAGUCAGAGAAGUUUUGCUCGGUCCACAGAGGAGAAAAGGUGACGAUUUUCUGUCAGACUUGUGUGGAAGCCAUCUGCGUUCAGUGUGUGGGGGCAUGGCACAGUGGCCAUCAGAUGGGCGGGCUGACUGGCAGUGGUACUGUGACAGAGAACGCCAGGUCCCUGCUUGUUCAGAGCAAAGAACGUGUACAGGAAUUACAUAGGCUUCAGUGUGGGAUUGAUUCUACCAUCCGCCAAGUUGACGACUGUAGGGAACGGAUAGAAAACGGGAUCAAACUGGCGGCACGGAAGGCCAUCGAUGGCAUACAAAGGAAAGAGGCAGAGCUCAUGCAAGAGCUGGAGGGCAGGGUGGGCCACGAACGGUUGGGCCUGGAGCAAGAAAGGCGGGAAAUUCAAACUUCGAUUGGGGCGGUGGCGGAGGGAUGGAGGAUGGUGGAUGGAGAGUACUCAGCCCGGGGACGAGAGCGGCUGUACGAAUCCAUGGGGCACCUGUCAGACAAGGUGGGCCAAGCGCAGGAGACAAUACAGUCGACUUCCCACUCCUACCAAGUCGACAUGAGGUUCAUUCCGUCAGAGUAUGAGAGCGAAGACCUCCUUGGAGAUCUCGUCGUCAACAUUGGGGGCGAUGUUGAGAUGAGGGAACGAGAUUCAGGGCGAUACCGACCCAUGGGCAGGGGAGAACUGAGCUCAGGAGCCACGGGAUGGUCCCAAACCACGUCCAUGUUCGACGACUUGGGGAGAGAAGGAACCGCAAGGUGGCGUUCCAGCAAGACCGCUACGACUGUAAGGACCGAAGGCAGUGCUGGUGCAAGUAGAUCAAGUGCCCUGUCGCCUCAUUCAAGGAGCAAGUUGUGGGUCAAGGAGCAAGAUAAAGAAGAGGGUGAGGUCCAUACAAGUGGUCGCACCCUAACCCCAGGUGUCCGCCAUUCACCUAAGCCCAAACCCAAAGGUAGUACCAAAAAAUCAAGCGAGGAUGACACCAAGGAAAAGAAGAAGUCAGAGAGGAGUUGGUGCAGUUUUGGUGAAAAGGGCUCACGUAACGGACAGUUCAACGAGCCUAGCGGCGUGGCGUGCUCUAAAGACGGAGAGAUGUUUAUAAUCGACAGACGGAACAAGAGGGUCCAAGUCUUCGACAGCGAAGGAAAGUUUCGCAGAAAGUUUUCCACCAAGGUCAAAGGCAAGGACACAGACCCACGAGGUCUCGCGAUAAAUCCCGUGAGUGGCGAGAUUUACGUCACCGACUCGAAACAGAAAGUGGUGAACGUGUUCUCGUCCUUGGGAGAGUACAUCAGAGGCUUUGGCGCCGGGGUGGUCAGCAUACCGUGUGGUAUAGCCGUUGACAACUCUGAACGCACCUUCGUCGCCGAUAUGGAGAAUCAUCACGUCACAGUCCACGACAAGGACGGGAACGUUACCAUGGAGAUCGGGUCCGCCCAACGAGGGGACUGUCACCUGCACAUUCCGCUAGGCGUCGCUCUUGCCCCGAACGGCGACAUACUCGUCACAGACGGCUUCUUAUGUUGCAUCAAACGUUUCGGUCCAGACGGAUCCUUCCGCUCCAAGUUCGACUGCCCCAAACAGGACGAGCGGUACCAAGACCCCAGAGGUAUCUGCGUGACUCCGCUUGGUGACGUCGUUGCUUUCUCCGGCGGUGGCUGUGUGGCCUUGUUCGACCAAGAAGGCGAAGCAGUCCGUCGACUUGUGACCCAAGAAAACGGACUGGAGGCGCCGUCUGCAGUUGCCUACCAGCCCGAAGGGCGGCGCUUAGUUGUCACCGACACCAAGAAGCACAACAUCACAAUCAAAACAAUUUAACCAUCAUUCACAGUGAGGGGAAUGCCCUACAAGCAUCCCAACGCAGUACAAAAGACACGUAGUUUCAUGGAUGAAGUUUUCUUGCCAUAGGGGUUUGACAUUAAUUCCUGGUGCAAUUUAUUGUAGCAAACUGCUAUUAGACUAUAGCUUGAGGAGUCUCGGAAGAAAAUUAUCUGUGAUUGAUUGGUCUCAUAUGAUCUGAUAUGUUCAGGGCUCAAAAUCUUAUCCCCUACAUACCUGCAUUGCACCUGACAAAUUUAUUAUAUACCACUCAGUAUGGAUAUCGAUCAUCAUAAAAUGUUCAAAACUUUUUUACUAUUGCUAUUGUCGCUUUAGGUUGUGCCGGACAAUAGCAGCAAAUAAAAAGCAUAAUUGUAUAUGUACUACAGUAGUAUAAACCCAGCACAUGGACCAGUGCAGGUUAGGUCCGGGUAGCCUUCAGAAAUACCGGGCCUAAAAAAUACCUAGCUCCAAUUUUACGUGCACUAAGAUGCAUAUACACCCUGUAUUUCGAGCCUAGACUGUUGCACGAGGUAUUAUUUAAGGGUUCAUAGUACAUGUACCUGGUUUCAUAUUUGCAGUCUGCUUGGAAAGUAGGAUUAUGGGUGACUUGGGAGAUCAUUUGCGUAAUGACGGAUUGAAACAAGAUUCGAAAGCGAGGGGUACUUAAGUGUGAAAUAUUGAAUGGCCUUGUAGACAAGCAAAUCAUCUAGUUAAUAAUCGUCGGUGUAUAGUUGAUAUAUUUGCCCUGUCACAUGUUGUAGAGUAGAAAAUCGCACAUCUGUAGCUUUCAAUAAUAUUUUAGCAAGGAAGGCUAUUAACAGUCUGGGUUAUUUUUCUCAUUCAUUAUUUCAACAAUUAGCGGUUCGGAGAACGUUAAACCUUUUACACCUACGAUACGUUUGGUGUCUUGUUAAUUAAGAUAAAUUUGUGCGCUUCCAUUUGUGUCGGAUUGCUUCUGUUCUUGAAUAUUUUCGAUACAGUUUAUUUACUAUAUUUACUUGUUACUGUGUAUGUGCAUGUGUAUGUAUGCGUCUGUGUGUGAAUGCGUCUCAAAAAUAGACCAAAACCCAAACCUCUGCUUGGAGAGUGUACUGUGUG